AUGCCCGCCUUCGCUGGCUUCGGCGCCGCGGAGCUCCUGGAGCAGGUGGUGGCGCCCCUCUGCCAGGAGCUCUCGCUUCCCAUCGCUCUGAAGCUGGGCGCCUGGCGGGGCAUGUCCCCGGACCUGGACCCCUGCUGCGGCGGCGACGGGGUCGCUGCUGCGGACUUGGCCUCUUUGCAGGCGCUGUGUGCCAACUUCCCAAAGGUGAAGUUUCUGGUCACCGUGCUGAGCCGUGCCAACCAACACGAGCUGACGGUUGUGGUGCAGAAGACUCGGAACUUGCAUCUCUACGGCUGCUGGUGGUACUGCAACAACCCUUCCAUCAUUGAGGCGCGCCGUGGUGCAAGCCGGGGUCGAAGCCUUUGGAGGAGCUCACCAAGAUGCGCACGGAGAUGCUGGGCACGGCGUUCACGGCCCAGCACAGCGACUGCCGGGUGCUGGAGCAACUGCUGUACAAGUGGGAGCACUCUCGGGAGGUCAUUGGCGAGGCGUUGGCCCCU